AUGAAUAGGUAUAUGCCAAAUGCAGGGUUUGAAGUGAGUUCGACCAAGCGAUAUACAGGCCAAAUGGAGGCAUGUAUUGUAGCAACAAAGGAUUGGAAAGCAGGGGAACAAGUAAAAUACUGCCUUGGAUCUAUAGCCGAACUUACAGAAGAAGACGAUGCAAAACUAAAGCGUGAAGGACGUGAUUUUAGUGUGAUGGUAUCUCAACGAAAGAAAUGUUCUUGUCUUUUUCUUGGGCCUGCUCGUUUUAUGAAUCACGAUUGUGAUGCCAAUUGUUCAUUUAUCUUGAUUGGACAGAAUGCUAUUACAUUCAGAAUUGAGCGUGAUAUUGCCUGUGGAGAGGAAAUGACAGUGUUUUAUGCUGAGCAUUAUUUUGGUGAAGACAAUUGUGAAUGUCGUUGUUCUUCUUGUGAAAGGUAA